AUGGACUCAUCAUCUUACACUGCAGAAGCUAUGCCUUACAAGAAUAUAACUCUAGGCUCAUCUCUCAUUGCAUCUCCACGCAACCAUACCAAUCAUUCUUACUGGUCCUCCCCAUCUGGUGACUUCGCUUUUGGUUUCUUAGAUAUUGGAAGUAAUGGGUUUCUACUAGCCAUUUGGUUCAACAAAAUCCCUGAAAACACCAUCGUCUGGUCCGCCAAUCCGAACCAUUUAGUCCCCUCCGGAUCCAUUCUCCAACUCACCACUCAUGGUCAGCUGGUGCUUAAUGACUCAACAGCUAACCAAAUAUGGACCGCAAAUUUCCGAACUGAAAACACAACGGUUUCUCAUGCUGCCAUGCUUGACACCGGCAACUUCAUCCUUGCUGCUGCUAACAACAAUUCCCAAGUAGUUCUAUGGCAAUCCUUUGAUGAACCCACUGAUACUAUUUUACCAUCACAGGUUAUGAAACAGAACAGCAUUCUCAUUGCUCGCUAUUCGAAAACAAAUUACUCAGAGGGAAGAUUUCAUUUGAGGAUGCAAUCUGAUGGGAAUCUCGUGCUGUAUACAAGAAUUGUUCCUCUGGGUUCUCAAGGGAAUCCUUAUUGGGCAAGUGGCACUGUGGGUUCUGGGUUUAAACUUGUUUUUGAUUUGUCUGGCUCCAUUUAUGUCUCUGCAAAAAAUGGAACUGCUUUAACCUAUUUAACCUCAGAAACUCCUUCCUCAAAUCAACAAAAUUUCUACCGUCGAGCCAUUUUGGAGUACGAUGGUGUUUUCAGGCAAUACAUUUACUCCAAGAGUGAUAAGGCUUGGAAGAGUGUUUCAGAUUUCAUUCCUUCGAAUAUUUGUGAGAGUAUAAAUAAUGGGUUAGGAAGUGGAGUUUGUGGGUAUAAUAGUUAUUGUGAAACAGGGGAAAAUCAGAGACCAAUUUGCAAAUGCCCACAAGGGUAUUACAAGGUUGAUCAUGUUAUUUUCUAG